AGAUUCGCCAUCCGAAACUUCCGGCUCUGGUCGAGCUCGGGGGUUGCCGUUCAGCUAUGCGGUCCCAGCUUCUUCGGAGUGCUGCUCGGUGUUUGUGGGCCCGCCAGGUUGUCAGCCCGGCCCGCCGGCACCUAAACUGCGGAAGCCUGCCGCUGGAGGAGCUGUUCGCUCGUGGCGGGCCCUUGCGGACCUUCUUGGAGCGUCAGGCAGGAUCUGAAGCCCAGUUGCAGGUCAGGGGGUCUGAGCUGCUGGCGGCGGCCAAACUGCUGAGCGAAAAGGAGCAGGAGCUGCAGGAGACCGAGCACUUGCUAUACGAUGAAAAUGAAGGCUUAAGGAAACUUGCAGAGAAUGAAAUAAGCUCAUGUCAAAAAGAAAUCACUCAGCUGAAGCAUCAGAUUAUUUUACUUUUGGUUCCCUCAGAAGAAACAGAUGAAAAUGAUUUGAUCUUGGAGGUAACUGCAGGAGUUGGGGGUCAGGAGGCAAUGUUGUUUACUUCAGAGAUGUUUGAUAUGUAUCAGCAAUAUGCUGCAUUUAAAAGAUGGCAUUUUGAAACCCUGGAAUAUUUUCCAAGUGAAAUAGGUGGCCUUAGACAUGCAUCUGCCAGCAUUGGGGGCUUAGAAGCCUAUAAGCACAUGAAAUUUGAAGGUGGUGUGCACAGAGUACAAAGAGUGCCAAAGACAGAGAAGCAAGGCCGCAUCCAUACCAGCACUAUGACUGUAGCAAUAUUACCCCAACCAACCGAGAUUAAUCUGGUGAUUAACCCAAAAGAUUUGCGAAUUGAUACUAAGCGAGCCAGUGGAGCUGGAGGACAGCAUGUAAAUACCACGGACAGUGCUGUCCGGAUAGUUCAUCUUCCAACAGGUGUUGUUUCUGAAUGCCAACAAGAGAGAUCUCAACUGAAAAACAGAGAGAUGGCUAUGAAGAAGCUACGUGCAAAACUGUACAGCAUGUAUCUGGAAGAAGAAACAAGUAAAAGAUACAGUGCUAGAAAGAUUCAGGUUGGAACUAAAGGAAGGUCAGAGAAAAUAAGAACAUAUAAUUUUCCACAGAACCGGGUCACAGAUCACAGAAUAAACAAGUCACUUCAUGAUCUUGAAACUUUCAUGCAAGGGGAGUUUCUGCUGGAUGAACUUGUACAGUCCUUGAAGGACUAUGCUGAUUAUGAAUCUUUAGUAGAAAUUAUUUCCAAAAAAGCUUAAAUUGAUUUAUUAUUAAAGACUUUUAUAGCUUAUGAAAAUUCACAGCAAAUUACAUUGUGUGUAAAUACUCACUAGUAUUCUCUUAAAAAAAAAUGAGUUAACUCAGCUGGAAGUAAUGUGUACAUUUUUAAGACAGAUAAUUUAUAUAAAUCUUCUCUUAGGGUAUUAGUAAAAAAGUAUACAAUACAAUCAUGA